AAGUAAACCGUCACUUCGUAAGCACAAGUCGCUGAAAUCGGUCGCACAGUCUCCCGCGUCGAGUGCCGUUGAGUGAUUUAAGCCACGAUUUCUGAGCUGGAUUGGGCAGCAGCACCUAGCCAUACGAACGAAUUGGUCCGAAUAGCCCGCCGAGUGCUGAGUUUUGGAAUCGUUUAAGCCAACACACCCUACACGCUCUCGGCUUCUCGACUCCUCGUCUCUCUUUUUCAUCCGGAGCUCAAGCCAUCGGUGCGUCUCUAUCUCGGAGUUAUCUGUGGGACAUAUUCUGUGUAUAGUUUAAUACAUCGAGUGGGUCGUAAAUCUUCGACGCAUCGUAAAUUAUUAAAUAGCUCGCAUCGCAGCGUGCCCAUAUUUUACAGCAGUUGAGAGCUCCCCGUCCAGGAGGACAAACAGCCCCAAAAUUUCGAAAACAACGAAAAUGGUGUUCGACUGCGGAGUCUGGUGUGCAAAGUAUUUGCUUUGCAUAUUUAAUUUUAUAUUUUUUGUGCUAGGCACAAUUAUAUUCGGAGUCGGACUAUGGCUGGCCGUCGACAAGCACUCGCUGAUUGCUCUCCUCAAGCUGGUCGAAAGCGAACGCAUCGAGCAAUUUACACAGCCUCAGGUCAUAGAGCAACUGGCCUACGUUCUGCUCGUCAUCGGAGCUGUCAUGUUCUUCAUGAGCUUCUUGGGAUAUCUGGGGGCGAUGCGGGAAUCUCGCUGUCUGCUUUCUACGUAUGGAACCUUUUUGAUACUCCUACUGAUUGCUGAGAUUACGGCUGGUGGCUUGGCUGCCUUCUAUAAGGACAGAGUUCGGGCCGAGAGCAAGACCUUCCUGCAGACGACCAUCACCAGCUACUCCCUGGGCGAGAAUGUGGAUGCCACUUCGCUGAUGUGGAACCAGUUGAUGGGCAACUUUGGCUGCUGCGGAAUCUCCGACUAUCGCGACUUUGAGGCCUCGUCGGCGUGGGUGAAUGGAAAGGGCAACCGCACCAUACCGGAGGCCUGCUGCAUCCUCAAGGACGUGGCUAAGUUGGUGCCACGUGAUGAGGACUGCACCACCAAUCCCAGCGAUAGCAACAGUUUCUACAAGAAGGGCUGCUAUGAGGUCUUCACCGAGUGGCUGAUUGGACAGCGUGAACUGAUCAUCGGUGUCAUUGUGGUGGGCAUUGUCCACCUGGUCCUGAUCAUCCUGGCCUUUGCCCUGUGCAAGGCCUUUGCCAAAUACAACGAUAUGCGUCUGUAAAUCAGUGCGCCAGUGUUGUGAGAAGUAGUAGGAAGUAGUAGGAACGAGCCAAAACAGCAG